AUGCUACAAAUACACUUCAUAUACAUCUCCAGUGUCCCGGAGCUUCAGUUCCAAAAUCCAGAGUGCCAGUCCUUCAGGGAGCAGUGCAGCAGGACAGGCCAGGACACAGGCAGCCUCGCUGGCUCAAACGCAGGCAGAACCUCCAGCGUCCUGCAGCACACAGGACGAUCGAAGAAAGAGCGCUUGAAAUCGCAGAAGGGGCAGGCAAACGUUUACGCCCGUGGUGAAAAGCUCCGCAGCGGGCCAAAAGUGUGCUACACGGAGCAAGAGGAGCCCAGAGAUGAAGAUUAUUUCUAUUGUGACGAGUGCCAGUCCUUCUUCACUGAUGAAUGCCCGGUCCACGGCCCCCCUUCAUUCAUCUUUGACUGUCCAGCGCCCGUGGGGAUCCCCGACAGGGCCCGGCUUACCCUGCCACCCAGUCUGGAGGUCAGAGUCUCCAGCAUCCCGGGAGCAGGCCUGGGGGUGUUCGCCAAGGGACAGACAGUGCCCAGUGGAGUGCACUAUGGACCCUACGAGGGAGAGCUGACUGAGGAAGACGUAACCACGGAGAGCGGCUACUCCUGGAUGAUCUCCCGGAGCAGGCCCUGUGUCAUUGAUGCCAAGAGAGAAACCCACUCCAACUGGAUGAGAUAUGUUAACUGUGCUCGAAACGAGGAGGAGCAGAAUCUUGUGGCUUUCCAGUACAGAGGGUCUAUUCUGUAUCGCUGCUUUAACCCCAUUCACCCAGGGGAGGAGCUGCUGGUGUGGUAUGGGGACGACUAUGCCAAAGACCUGGGUAUCACCUUCGACGACCUGUGGAGCAACAAGUGCUCUUCUAAAGCAGAGAUCUACCUGCACAAACACAUCAAGCACUCUCACCAUGAGGAAUAUGUGAGACUGCUCAGGGCAGGAUCAGUCACACCAGAGAGUCUCCAAACCUCCACCAGCUCCCACAGGCACUGUGCACCCUCUCAGACUGGCCCAGAUACAGUCAGACUCCCAAAACAGGUGGAAACCAGCAGCAAGAGAGCGCAUGCAUGCGCCCAGUGUGGAAAGAGUUUCAGUCGGGAGGCACACCUUAAACGACACCAGCAAACUCACACAGGGGAGAGGCCGUACCACUGCGCCCAGUGUGGCAAGAGUUUCAGUCGGGGGCGAACCCUUAAACGACACCAGCGAACUCACGGAGGGGAGAGGCCGUACCACUGCGCCCAGUGUGGGAAGAGUUUCAGUCACGGGACAGACCUUAAACGACACCAGCGAACUCACACAGGGGAGAGGCUGUACCACGGCGCCCAGUGGAAGCCGUACCACUGCACCCAGUGUGGGAAGAGUUUAAAUCACGGAUCACACCUUAAAAGACACCAGCGAACUCACACAGGGGAGAGGCCGUACCACUGGGCCAAGUGUGGGAAGAGUUUCAAUCGGGAGGGAACCCUUGAACUACACCAGCGAACUCACUCAGGGGAGAGGCCAUACCACUGUGCCCAGUGUGGGAAGAGUUUCAGUCGGGAGGGAACCCUUAAACUACACCAGCGAACUCACACAGGGGAGAGGCCAUACCACUGUGCCCAGUGUGGGAAGAGUUUCAGUCGGGAGGGAACCCUUAAACUGCACCAGCGAACUCACACAGGGGAGAGGCCAUACCACUGUGCCCAGUGUGGGAAGAGUUUCAGUCGGGAGGGAAACCUUAAACGACACCAGCGAACUCACACAGGGGAGAGGCCGUACCACUGCGCCCAGUGUGCGAAGAGUUUCAGUCUGGAGGGAACCCUCAAACGACACCAGCAAACUCACCCAGGGGAGAGGCCGUACCACUGCGCCCAGUGUGAAGAGAUUCAGUGUGGAGGGAAACCUGAAACGACACCAGCAAACUCACACAGGGGAGAGGCCGUACCACUGCGCCCAACAAACAACUUGCUAUGUUCCAUCACCGGGAUCUGUCGCAUCGCUACAAAGAAGAGAAUGCUGUGUGAGGCGUGUAGGGAGAAGCACAACCUCUACUCUGGGGUGACAGAGCUGUUCCCUGUGCGCAUGGCCUCCUACAUGCUGUUGCCCUACACCCUCCCUGUGCAGUCUGCGUACUGCAUGGCCCAGAGGCUGGUGGAGUGGAUACCUGAGGUGACAGAGGACAUGAGGUGGCUGUAUGGGGUGGCUGACUGUGUACAGACAGGCGUGGAGAGGAGGAGCUCCCAGCACGGGCAGGUGAGAGACUGA